GAAAUUAAAUGUAUAUCACCAUUCGGCAGUCACCAUACUAAGAUGUGUGUGCUGGCGUAUCGGGACAGCAGUGUGAGAGUCUGCGUACACACAGCCAACCUCGUAGAGUCAGACUGGGACAACAGAGUACAAGGAUUGUGGUUGUCUCCUCUGUGUCCUGCGUUGUCUCUAGACGCUGACUCUGCGGCAGGGGAGUCUCCCACAAACUUCAAGCAGGACUUGAUGCAGUACCUGUCUGCGUACCGCCGCCCGGAACUGCAACCCUGGCUCGGGAAAUUGCGUCGGGCCGACUUUUCAAACAUAAAUGUGUUCUUUGUGGCGUCAACCCCCGGCUCACACAAGGGCGUGGACAGAGACAAGUGGGGAUUGCCCAAGUUAGCAGGGCUGCUUUGCACACACGCACGUAUCGUGCCUCGUAGUGACGCCUCGCCACGCACCUGGCAGAUCAUUGUGCAAUGCUCCUCCAUCGGCAGUCUCGGACCGCAGCCCACGUCUUGGUUCUGUGGUGAAGUCAAAUCAGCGAUGAGCAACGGGGUGGGGAUGGGAGUACAGGCGCCACCUCCCAUCAGACUGGUUUAUCCCAGUUUCGACAACGUAGCUGCUAGUCACGAUGGACUGUUGGGAGGAGGAGGUCUACCAUACUCUCGGAGAACUCACGAGAAACAAGAGUGGCUGAAGCAAUACCUUUACCAAUGGAAGUGUGACAGCAGACAUCGUACAAAGGCAAUGCCCCACAUCAAGACCUACACUCGUAUAUCCCCAGACUUGUCAGAACUCGCCUGGUUUCACCUGACAUCUGCCAAUCUGUCCAAGGCUGCGUGGGGCUCCACCACUAAGGCGGGUGCUACCAUCAUUCUGUCCUAUGAGGCGGGAGUACUAUUUAUUCCAAAGUUUGUGACAGGAACACUCAGUUUUCCAGUCAACCAGAUAACCGGUGGCGCUCAGGAAUUUCCGAUGCCUUACGAUGUUCCACUGACUCCUUACACUUCAAGUGACGUGCCUUGGUUCAUGGACAACCUGACAUAGUGCACUAACAUCUUGAGCUUUG